AUGGCCAACGCUCCUCACGGUGGCGUCCUCAAGGACUUGCUCGUUCGCGAUGCUCCCAUCGCCGCUCAGCUUCGCCAGGAGGCCGACACGCUUCCCGAGAUCGUGCUCACCGAGCGUCAGCUUUGCGAUCUCGAACUCAUCAUCAACGGUGGUUUCUCCCCGCUCCAGGGCUUCAUGAACCAGGCUGACUACAACGGUUGUCUCGACAACUUGCGUCUGACCGACGGCAACCUUUUCCCCAUGCCCAUCACGCUCGAUGUGGACCAGCAGCAGGUCGAUGCGCUCAAGAUCCAGCAGGGUGUCCGCAUCGCCCUCCGCGAUCCUCGCGACGACAACCCUAUCGCCAUCAUCACCGUCACCGAUGUCUACGCCGUCGACAAGGUUCGCGAGGCCAAGUCCGUGUUUGGCUCGGACGACCUCGCUCACCCUGCCAUCACCUACCUCCACAAGUCGGUCAAGGACUUCUACGUCGGCGGUGACGUCCAGGCCAUCUCCAAGCCCGCUUACUACGACUACGUCGCCCUCCGAUACACCCCCGCUGAGCUCCGUCAGCACUUUGCCAAGAUCGCGUGGCGAAAGGUGGUCGCGUUCCAGACGCGUAACCCCAUGCACCGUGCUCACCGUGAGCUCACCGUCCGAGCUGCUCGUCAGCGCCAGGCCAACGUGCUCAUCCACCCCGUCGUCGGUAUGACCAAGCCCGGUGACGUCGACCACUACACCCGCGUACGUGUCUACCAGUCGCUCAUGCCCCGUUACCCCAACGGCAUGGCUACGCUUGCCCUGCUGCCGCUCGCCAUGCGAAUGGGCGGUCCCCGCGAAGCUCUCUGGCACGCCAUCAUCCGCAAGAACUUUGGUGUCACCCACUUCAUCGUCGGUCGCGACCACGCCGGUCCCGGUAAGGACUCCUCCGGCAAAGACUUCUACGGUCCCUACGACGCCCAGACCCUCGUCACCAAGUACACCGAAGAGCUCGGCAUCGAAAUGGUUCCCUUCCAACAGAUGACCUACAUCCCCUCCACCGACGAAUACCAACCUGUUGACGAGGUUGCCGCCGGCACCCAGACCAUGGAUAUCUCCGGCACCGAGCUUCGACGACGCCUUCGCACCGGCGCUGCCAUCCCGGACUGGUUCUCGUACGAAUCCGUCGUCAAGACGCUCCGCGAGUCCUACCCGCCCAAAGCCAAGCAAGGCUUCACGCUCUUCCUCACCGGUCUGCACAACUCUGGCAAGGACCAGAUCGCCCGUGCGCUCCAGGUCAAGCUGAACGAACAGGGUGGACGAUCCGUCUCGCUGCUCCUCGGCGAAACUGUGCGCUCCGAGCUCUCGUCCGAACUCGGAUUCUCGCCCGAAGAUCGUCAGAAGAACAUCCAGCGAAUCUCGUUCGUCGCCGCUGAACUCACCCGCGCCGGCGCCGCCGUCAUCGCUGCUCCCAUCGCACCGUACGAGAAGUCGCGCGCCGUCGCCCGCGACACCAUCACCAAGACCGGCGGUGCUGGAAACUUCUUCCUCAUCCACGUGGCUACUCCGUUGGAGUUCUGCGAGGCUACCGACCGAAAGGGCAACUACGCCAAGGCUAGGGCAGGUCAGAUCAAGGGCUUCACUGGUGUGGACGACGUCUACGAGGAACCCACCGAUGCUGACCUCGUGGUGGAUGCCAGCACCCAGAGCGUCGCAGAGAUCACCCACUCGAUCAUCCUCUUGCUCGAGGCCCAGUCGUUGAUCUAG